AAAAACAUCUAGUGAUAAGUGGCGGAUUUUCAAAUUUUAAAUCAAUCAACAAAUUAAACGGAUAAUUCCGUCCAAACAUCCAAGAACUUUUAAACGGAACUAACCGUCUUCAUACUGAGAACAUUUUGAAAAUUUCAUAUAUUUCUAUUUCAAUUUAAAACAAAAACUGUAUCCUGUUUAAAGUGAAGUGUUGAAAAAAUAAAAAUUAAAAAAUAAAAAUUAAAAGCUUAAAUUUAAAUACAACUCAGUUGAAAUAGUUUACAAGAAGAAAGAAAAACUACGGAAAAACAUAACGAUAAAAGGGAUUAUUUGUGAAUUUUAUAUAAAAAUAAUAUUUUCACUUCUUUUCUAAUGAAGUGAAUUUAGUGUCCACUAAAGGAUUAUUGUGAAAAUAUAUUAAGGAUAUUAAAAAGAAAAUGGAGAUGUCUCCUAAUAUAAUAGGCAGUACCUUUAUUUUGGCCGAAACGGCCAUAUCUAAUACAGAUGCCAAUAAUAAUAGCAAGGCAAAUGCAAUGCAGUCAUCUGCUAGCAACGGAUCUUGUCCGGCAGCCAGUGCAGCUAAAGUUGAAGCCACACUUCUAAAGGCCAACAAGACAAAUGAUAGCAGUACGUCCAAGGUGACAGCUGUCAAGAACGUGAGCACUACUAAGCAGGAGGUGGCCCAAAAGAAACCCUAUAAAAUGGAAAUUGUCUGGCACAAUGUCUUGCUGUUCAUCAUUUUGCACAGUUCUGCAUUUUACGGAUUGUAUUUGGUGUUUGCUGAGAAUGCCUAUAUAGAUCUUUUACUUUCUUACUUUGUUGUCUUCUUUGGUGGUAUGGGCAUCACGGCUGGUGUACAUCGUUUGUGGUCUCAUCGUGCCUACAAGGCCAGAUUACCUUUGCGCAUAUUCCUUAUGUUGUGCCAAUCGUUGGCUUUCCAGAACAGCAUUUACGAAUGGACCCGGGAUCAUCGUGUCCAUCACAAAUUCACCGAUACCGAUGCUGAUCCUCACAACUCAAGACGUGGUUUCUUCUUCGCUCACAUGGGUUGGUUGUUGUGCAGAAAGCACCCCGACGUCAAAGAGAAAGGCAAACAAAUCGAUAUGAGUGACUUGAGAGCCGACCCCGUUGUUAUGUUCCAACGGAAAUACUACUUUAUCAUUAUGCCCAUCUGCUGUUUCGUUUUGCCCGCUCUCUUCCCCUACUACUAUUUGGGAUCGUCGCUCAAGGUGUGCUUCUUCGUUGGCUCCAUGUUCCGCUAUUGUCUGUCUUUGCACGGCACCUGGUUGGUAAACAGUGCUGCUCACUUUUACGGCAUGAAACCCUACGACAAGAACAUCAGCUCCGUGAAUAGCUUAUUUGUAUCGGUUAUUGCUUUCGGCGAAGGCUGGCACAACUAUCACCAUGUCUUCCCCUGGGAUUACAAGGCAGCUGAAUUGCCCAACUACUACAACUGGACUACUGGAUUCUUGAACUUCAUGGCUAGAAUUGGUCAAGCUUAUGACUUGAAAACCGUAUCCGAUGAAAUGCUCUUGAAACGUAUCCAACGUACCGGCGAUGGCACUCAUCCAUCUGCCAUUGACAUGAACAACAAUAAUACAACUGGCUCCGGCAUCACCACCGAAAUGCUCUCGAAACUCGAUCAUGAAAAUGAGGAGACCAUGGUUUGGGGUUGGGACGACAAAGACGUUCAUAUAGAGGAUCGUUUGGGUACCAAAAUCAUCGAAAAGAAAGAAGAUUAAUUCCUCUAUUCUCUCCAAGAGAGACUGCAAUUAUUUAAAAUGUGUGAGUACACGCACGCACAUUGAGAACGAGAGAAUACGAGAGCGAAAGAACUAAAUAAUUUAAAACAACAAUAAGAACAUGGUUUCUCUUCUUCUUAACCACUAAUAACCAGGAGUACACAGUAUUUGAUUUAAUUUCUUUUUAAAUUGGUGUCUGUCUGUCCGUUACUUUAUUGCUGAAGUUAUACUGGUCUUAUUAGUUCAAACACCCCACUUUCAAAUCUAUCUUCCCAAAUCUCCCUGUAAUAUUUUCAAUUAGAAAUCCUUCGCUCUUGUAGUGGUGUAAAAUAGUAAGUAUGUGUGCGUGUUCGUGAGUGUGUGUGUGUAUUUUUGAGUAAAAUCAGACAUACACAUAUUCAGACAAAUAUUCAGACAUACUUGUAGUUUAAUGUAUCUGCGCAGAGGUUCUAGUUUUAGCAAUUAAUAAGUUUAUUUUUAUUAUUAUUUUAUUAAGUUUUAGCUUAAAUUACAACUUUAAUAUUAAUAAUGAUUUAUAGUAAACGAUAUACAUACAUACAUACAUACGAUUACAUAUGUGAAUGGUCAACCGACUUAUUCCGAAAAGUACUCUAAGUACUUGAAUCUGCCCAUUAAGGCCGAAUACUUGGGUAUGCUGCCAUUGAUUGGUUUUGAUGUCUUAUCAUUUAUAAUUAUUUUAUUAUUAAUAUUUCGUUUACUGGGUUAUACCAUGUAGUUUUGUAAUUUAGUUUUGUUGUAUAGAAUUGAGCGAAAGGUUUCCCCCAAAUUAUUAAUUAGACUAAGCAACUAGUUUAAGGUGCAUUUAUGACAUUUGUACAUUUCGAUAUACAUAAUAACCAAAAAUUUAAAUAUACACACAUACAUUAUAAUUAAUAUAAUACUCUAAAAGUACGAGUAAAAUACAAAAUUUAAAGAAAUAAAUAAAUAAAAAAAAAAUUGGAAAAAAACUAUAAAAUUUAA